AUGGCAUCUACGCAGCAGAGACGAAGGGGUGGGGAUUUCCAGCACGCGUACUUACAGCCGUCGCCGGAGUUUGUCUUUCCUAAUAAUGGCCGAAACGACAACGACAAUGACUAUGAUAACCACGCGACAACAAUCAUUGACAAUGACAUUAUAGACUCCACAACGGCCGAUUUGAAUUACUCGCCACGACUAUCGCGCUCGCCGCAUCCAUAUUAUCGCAUCGGCGCGAAGAUAUCAAAUCGAGAAAAGGAUGAUUCCCCGGCGAGAAGCGAUUAUCACCUAGCCAGCGACUCGGGUAGUAUAAACGAUCAUUCAAAUUUCGUUCAGAGAAAGAAACAACGGAACACCAACCGGAAUGGCAAUGGAUGGUCGAGGACUUCUCCUCGGGCAUCGAGCGAAAGCGGCACAGAAGCAGAUGACGAAAGCACCGGCCUUUUGAAAGGUUUACCAGCGCCCCCGGUAAGGUCAUCGCGCAAAGGUCUACGAAGCACAGCCGGCCGCGAUGAUCCUUUGCUCUGGCUACAGGACGAGACGCCCCAAUCGUGGUCUUUGUUUGUACGAUCGCCGAUAAGACAACCGAAACGGAGUUCGAGCGAGGAAUCGAUGCGCAGUAAUGCUACAUAUGCUACAGUACGAGGGGUUGUUGCGCGCCGGAAGAGAAACGAAGUUAUGCGCAGAGUGACAGAGACUGCUUUGUUGCUUUCCGUCGGUGUCGUGGUGUUGCUUCGAGAGGAUGCGCGCUCAUAUGCAUCAUCGUGGCAUAAAGAAAUUCGAUCCUUCCUAUCUCUCAUCACUGCCCUCUACGCUCUAUAUCCACUUCGUUUAUCGGCCGGGCGCGGCAAGCCACGUCUGACGUUCACUUUUACGAUACCCAGCAGCUUCGAUCCGGCGCCCCUGUUAUACCCUGUUCUCGUACCUGUUUUUGUGGCCUUAUCGACCAUGCAUCAUCGUCCAGCGUUGAUUUUGCCAAACAUUGUCCUUAGUCUUUCUUCGAUACCCCCUCAAGUCGUUCCACUACACAUUUUGCAGCAUGGCCACGCCAGUGUUACGCAUUGGGCUAUUUCCGUCAUUCCGAUAAUUCUUUCCGAGCACGAUAUCUCAUAUAUCAGCACUAUGUCCGAACCUUUAUCGACAAAAGGACUCGACUCCGAGGUGCUUGUUCUCUUAUACCCCUUGCACCAAGCAUUGAUUGCUACUCUUGACUUUCUCCUCGCCACGAGCCUACUUCCCGCGGAGCUUCAUCUACUGGGAUCAGGUUUGACAAAUCUCCUUCUGUUCGCCAAAUCGCCUCAAGCUCAGAUACUAAAGACGCUACUAUGGUUGGGCGGGCUGAGUGUUUGGGUUCUCUGCCGCACCGUUCUUCGAUGGGAGAUUACAUUGGCUAGAAUCCCGACCUGGAAGUUUCGCAAACCCCCAAGUAGCACAAACAGCGAAAAAGAGUUGGACUCUGAUAGUGAAGAUGAUGCCGACAGCCCUCAAAGACCCCAGGCACGUCAGAGCAGUCUGCCUCGCCAGAAUGGAUUCUGGUCACAGCGCGACCUGAAAGAAGGAAUUCGGCUAGACGACCUCUGGCCCUCGUCUUGGGCAGCCACCAAAAGUCUUCUGCAAUCACACAAAAGACGACAUACUAUUUCUACUGUCGAUGACCUCGAAACUGUCAGAACAGGGCGAGCACCUCCUCGAACCACACCGGGCGGAAGACGCAAGCGGUCUAUGGCACCUGAUCUGGCUUCCUUCCUUACUCUAACCGCCGCUCAAGCGCGCAUUCGACGGUGGCUGUUCGCAGGAUACAUAUUCACAGCGAUGAUUGCGAUCAUACUCCUUCCGAUCCGACUCUAUAUUACGAACGAAGCCUUACACGGAAAAGAUCCUUUCGGUUGGGCUUUAGGAUAUUUAUUUGGAAAUAUCUCUUCUUUCCGACUUUGGACAUUGAAGUGGAAUCUCGAGUAUUGGAUCCAGCUACCGAAACGUCAUGAGGAAAAUCAGUUUUGCCAUCGAGGCUGGGUCGAACAUCUACGUCGUGAUACAUUCGGUGAAGCAAAUACUCGUCUUUUGAUUAGCGGACACUGUCUUUUGGUCUUGAUUGUUGGAUUGGCCACAGUCCUUCAACUCAGCAAAAUUGCCGAGGUGGAUACUAGGCGGAAGAUCUUUCACGGAAUGAUGGUGCUGAUGUUUUUGCCUGUGACGUAUAUCGACCCUGCCUACUCAGCACUAGCAUUGACGCUUGUCCUGGCUCUUUUCCUACUGCUCGAUCUUCUCCGCGCAUCUCAAGUGCCACCCGUCGCCAAACCGUUGACAUAUUUCCUGGCACCGUACACUGACGGUCGUGACCAUCGGGGUCCGGUCAUUGUCUCCCAUAUAUUCUUGCUCAUUGGCUGUGCUAUUCCUCUCUGGUUGUCUCUCGCCGAUUUGCCGCGUGUCACUAUUGACGACGAUCUUGAGAGCCCCUGGUCAGGCUGGGAAGUUCCAUCUCGAGAUGUCAGUAUGGUCAGCGGGAUCGUCUGCGUGGGCAUGGGAGACGCCGCAGCAUCCCUUGUUGGACGACGAUAUGGUCGUCUCAAGUGGUUCUGGGGUGGCGGCAAGUCACUAGAGGGUAGUUUGGCAUUCACGAUUGCUGUCUUUGCGGGCUUGAUGGUUGCUCGUAUGUGGCUGGCAGUUGGUGGAUGGGCGGCUGUAUCAUCGGCGGCUUUCAUCAGCAUGUCGUCUUGGGGCGUUGUUGCUGUGAAAUGCCUUCUUGCUGCUGGCGGUGCUAGUUUGACCGAGGCUGUUCUGACGGGAGGCAACGACAAUGUCAUUGUUCCUGUAGUACUCUGGCUACUCGUUCGUGGAUUGGCCAUAUAA